AUGCCCUGUAGACCCUCCUCCAACCUACUUACUGUAAAACUUUCACCUGAUCCUAUCGUACCUGGAAAAACCGUCGCCGUUACUAUGUCUGGAACACUGGCUGUUGAUGUUCCCGCAGAUCCAGGAAGCACAUUGGCUGAGGUUGCAUUUCUUGAUACUGAUUAUGUACCAGUAAUUGAUCCCUUUAGUACGGAUUUUUGUGCUAGUGAAGGAAUUAAAUGUCCAAUUCCAGCUGGAACAGAAUUUAGUACAGUACUUAAUGUUCCGGUACCCGCAUCAGCCGAUUUACCUUCACAAUUCGAAAUCGUAGUCGAUAUUAAAGAUGGAAAAACCGAAGAAUUUUUAGGCUGUGCACUUUCUGACGUUCUUUCUCCUACUUUACCAAAUGACGAUCAAUAG